CUUUCUUCUUUAAUGCUACCUAAAAAAAAGUAUAACCAGUUCCAUGCAAUUGCAAUGCCUAACGGGUUGAUUUGAUUGGAUAAUAUGUGGCUACAAAUCAAUAUCAUCGCUUUAUAAAUAGAUCCACAACUUUCACAUACUUUCACACUUACUAAAUUAAUCAUACAUUUAGUACUAAAUUUAAUUUGUUUUCUCUAUCAAAAAUGGCAAGCAAGGAUAUCUCAAGCAAGGCCAGCGAAAUCAGUAGAGAUGUUCAGGUAAAAGCAGAUGAGGCAAUGAAGGGUGUAUCACGCGCAGCCCAAACUGUGUCGGACAAGGCAUCGAUUGCGGCCCAAACCGCGUCGAAUAGCACACAAACUGCUGCUCAAACUGUCUCGGAUAAGACGUGCAGUGCAGCUCAAACCACCAAAGACUCUGCUGUAGGCGCCAAAGAUCAAUCCACCGGCUUCCUUCAACAGACUGGAGUACAAAUUUCAAACAUGGCUCAAGGAGCAGCCACUGCAGUGAAGAACACCAUAGGAAUGGGAGAUGGCAAAUAAAUUAAGCAAGUGCAUGCCUAGCAAGCUAGCUAGGAAGGAAGCUUUGUUAUUUGUUAAAGAUUUUCCUUUUUAAUAUAUAUGUACUUGUUUGAUAAUAAUAAUUAUUGGUGUUUAUUUGACUGUUUUUGGUUUAAUCUCCAAGUGGGGUUGUUGGAUUGGGUUUCCUCUCAAUAAUCCCCUAUUUUGAGAUUUAAAACAAAUUAAUGUUUCCAUUUUUAUGUGCUAAACAAUAUACGAUUCUUCUUUGAUCGUAAAAUUAAUUUGUGAA